AUGAAUUCUUACGAUCAAAUUAGACAAUUGGGCUAUCGCCACCCUGUGCAAUACCAAACGGACACAACUAUGGGCUCUGUAAAGAUGGUGCCUCAAAGAACAGAGGAUAGUCAGAACCCAGUCAGACCUGUGGUGUCAAACUUUCAGAGAAGUUUUAGCACAAAUGCUUUGCCUUCCUGAAUUCCUGAGGGCUAUUGAGCAGAACAGAGCCCAAGCGAGAUAUUUGGAGAAAAUCUGAGUGGAUUUAGACCGAUGGCAAGGAAAUCACAUACGAAGAAGCAAAGACAAACAUCGCUUGAUAAUCAUUUUGUCCCUUAUCAGUAUUCAGAAGAGGUUUCUAUUCAGAAUUUAUAAAAGUUUCAGCUUAUCCUUCAACAAUGUAUCAGCCCUACCAUUAUUCAAGAAAAAGUGAUCUUUCUCAAGAAAAAUAUGCCAAUAAAGAAAGAGCAUCAGUGAUGGUUCCAGCUGGAUAUAGUUUACAGGAUCUACAAGAAAACAAGAGAUCUUCUAGUAUUUCAUCAAAAUACUCAAUUCAAGAUCUAGCUGAAUACCGUCAUCAAGCUAGACAGAUCGAAGCAAGGACAAAUAAAAGGAUUGAAGCUGUUGUUAGAAUCCAACGAGCUUUUAGAAGAUAUCUCAACAGGCUUAGAGAAGUAGGAAGGUUCUACAAAAUAUUAAACGAAUUCAAGAACCUUGUGAAUAAAGCUUCUUAUUACCAGAAGAGGAUCUUUCUCAAAAACUUGAAGUCUGCUGCUGACGAUUACCAAUAUAAUUGUAAGGUGAAGAGUUACCUUGGCUCAUUAGCAGUUAAAAUUCAAAGAAAAUGGAGACAGUGCCAGAAAUCCAAAGUUUAUAAGGAAAAAAUCCAGAAAAAGUGAUCCAAACUCCUCUCUGAGAGCUUUACUUUAUGAAGAAAAAUGGUCCAAGGGAUGAAGAUGAGGAAAAUUUUGAAGCUUAAGCAUAUCCUGUUACAGAAAAACCUAAUUUUAGAUGUCCAGCGUGCUUUGGAGGGAUCUAAUGAAGCUAAGGAGAACUACCAGAAAGACCUCAAACAAAGGAAAAUUAAGUACAUUAACACUAUAAACAAGUAUUUUGAGACUAAUAAUUGGAAUUGGCUUUCUCAGGGAAAGGUAAAAGAUGCUCCAAGGCAAUCAUCAUUUAACCCUUCUUACCAAGAAAGUAAGAAGAUGACCAGACUGAUGACCUGUCAAGACCAGAGUAUAAACCAAAUUCGUUCAGAAACUCGAAGACUCAAUACCUGGAAUGAUGAAGGGAAUGCACUUAAUUCAGAGAGGAGCAUGAGUUCAUCCACUUUUGACAGAGCUAUGAACUCUUCUACUUUCGAUAAACGUCUUGGAUCUUCAAAGCAUGAAAGAGCCACAAUUUCAAGCAUUGAAGCUGAUGUUUGUAUUAAUACUAUAUCUAUUCCCCCAACUUCUUCAGGAGUAAAGCCUCAUCUUAGAAAUAGGGUUGAUAUGUAUCGGACUAGUGCUGAAAAUCCUUUGGCAGAUACUCUUUCACACACAAAUAUCAAAGAGAUCGACCAAAAGUAUUGUAGAAAUCCAUAUUCCCGUCAAAUGUUGACUUCAAGAGCUAAGAAUAUCCCAAAGACCCAAAUUAAUUACAUUCAAAGACUUCAGACACAGAAUGAGAGGGGCCAUAGGGCGACUGUAGGGAAGAGGCUUACUAGAAACUCUACUAACAUCUGCCCUCCAUUCAUCCAAGCUCAGUCAUCUUCUACUCUUAACAGAGAAAACUAUGAUACGCUUAAUACCCAGUAUACCAAAAAUGUGCAGCCAAGACAAAAUUUCAGACCUGAUAAGCAGAGAGGGAUGUGGAAAAGCAACAGGAAAAAGACUCAAAUAGUUGGGAAUCCAAGAAAGAAGAUUGGAUUUCAUAGUAAGAGAACUAUCACCCAAAAUCAGCUAAAUUCAAAUUCCCCGGUAAAAACAUUCGAGAAAGUCAUUGUGUACAAUCAAAAUGAAGAGAAUCUUGAUAGAAGAGCAUUUGAGCAAUUGAGAACUAGAAGGCAGAGAUUAUAUCAAGGUGGGGAGACUGGAGCACAUCAAGGAGAGUAUAGUUCCCCUAUCUCUCAUUAUCAUAGAAAUCAGUACUAG